AUGAUGGAUGACCUGACUAUGAAGUUGGAAAGCGGGUCGUUGCCGGUGGCGGUGAGGGACUCGGAGGAGCGGCUGUCGAAGGGCGGCGUCUACAUCCUGGAGACGGGACUCCACCUCUUCCUGUGGGUGGGAGCCAGCGUUCAGCAGGAGCUGCUGCUCAACAUCUUCGGCACGCCGAGCUUCGGCCAGAUCGACUCGAGCCUGACGAGUCUGCCGGUUCUGGACAACCCGUUCUCCCAGAGGCUCCGAGAGAUCAUCGACUCCUUCAGAGCGCAGCGAUCACGAUACAUGAAGCUGAUGGUGGUGAAGCAGGAGGACAGAGCCGAGCUCAUAUUCAGGCACUUCCUGGUGGAGGACAAGAGCGCCAGCGGGGGAGCGUCGUACGUGGACUUCUUGUGUCACAUGCACAAGGAGAUCCGCCAGCUUCUCAGCUAGGCCUCCUCAGACCCGACCUCCACCCGUAUGAGCCCCGCCACCGGCCCCUCCUCCCACCCCGGCCCGGUUUCACCCUCCCAUGUGAAAGAA